GAAGCUUUUUGAAAAGAUGGCUUUUUGACUGAUCAAAUAGAAUGAUUUGCUUUUUGCUUCCCGCCCAAUAAUUGUUUCCUCUCCUCCAGGAAAAAUUAUAGCAUAAAUUCGAAGUAUGGAUAUUAGAUACAUGGUAAAAAUGCUCCUUCUCAAGGCCCCCUCUGCAACAACAACCUUAACUACCUUUAUGGCUUUUCAGUCCAUCUUCCUUUUUCUCUCAAUUAUUUCUCUGACAUACCCUCUGCAUGCCAUCACUACAAACCAGUCCCAGUUCUUCAAUCUCGUUAAAACUUCUUUGUCAGGAAAUGCUUUGUCGGAAUGGGAUGUAACUGGAGGGAAAUCUUACUGCAAUUUCACAGGAGUUAGCUGCAACAGUCAUGGUUAUGUUGAAAAACUUGACAUGGCCGGUUGGUCAAUCAAUGGCCGUUUUCCAGAAGGAAUAUGCUCUUACCUGCCAGAGUUGCGUGUUCUCCGUCUCGGCUACAACAACCUCUAUGGUGAUUUCUUUUACAGCAUCACAAACUGCUCUAACUUGGAAGAGCUCAAUAUGACUUCUUUGAAUCUUGGUGGAACAAUUCCUGAUUUAUCACCAUUGAAAUAUCUCCGCAUUCUUGACAUGUCAUACAACCUUUUCACAGGCAAUUUUCCAAUGUCAGUGACUAAUCUUACCAAUCUUGAGUUGCUUACUUUCAAUGAAAACGAGGGUCUUACAUUGUGGCAACUGCCGGAGGACAUUUCCAAACUGACAAAGAUUCAAUACUUGAUCUUGUCGUCAUGCAUGUUGUACGGUCCAAUCCCAGCAUCAUUAGGAAACAUGACAUCUCUUAUCGAUCUUGAAUUAAGUGGAAAUUUCUUGACAGGGAAAAUUCCUGCAGAGAUUGGAUCAUUGAAGAAUUUGCAACAACUUGAGCUUUAUUAUAAUGGUCACCUUUCUGGCAGUAUACCUGAAGAACUUGGAAAUUUGACAGAGCUAGUAGAUUUGGACAUCUCGGUCAAUAAGUUGACAGGAAACAUACCAGAAUCAAUAUGUCGCCUUCCAAAGCUCAAAUUUCUGCAGCUUUACAACAACAGCCUCAUUGGAGAAAUCCCAAGUGCCAUUGCCAACUCAACAACUCUGCACAGUUUAUCACUUUAUGACAAUUAUCUUACUGGAGAAGUUCCACAAAACUUCGGCCAACUGUCAGCAAUGGUUGUCCUAGACCUGUCAGAGAAUCGCCUAUCAGGUCCAUUACCAACAGAAGCUUGUAAAGGAGGUAAACUGUUAUACUUUCUUUUCUUGGAUAACAUGUUUUCUGGAGAGCUACCCGAUAGUUAUGCAAAAUGCAACACACUUCUAAGGUUUCGAGUCAACAACAACCGUUUGGAGGGGCCAAUACCAGCAGGACUUCUAGGUCUUCCCCAUGUUUCAAUCAUUGAUUUGAGUUACAAUAAUUUUAGUGGUUCACUUGCAAACACAAUUGAAACUGCUACAAAGUUAUCAGAAUUGUUCUUGCAAAGUAACAAGAUUUCAGGCGUUCUGCCUCCUGAAAUCUCCAGGGCUAACAAUCUGGUUAAGCUUGAUAUCAGCAAUAAUCUACUGUCUGGGCCAAUACCUUCUCAAAUUGGCUUUCUGAGCAAGUUAAAUUUACUGAUGCUACAAGAUAACAUGUUGAAUUCUUCCAUCCCCAAAUCACUCUCUUUGUUGAAAUCUCUUACUGUUCUUGAUCUUUCAAAUAACCUUUUGACUGGAAGUGUCCCAGAAAGUCUUAGUGUGUUGCAACCUUAUUUCAUUAAUUUUUCAAACAAUCACCUUUCUGGUCCCAUUCCUUAUUCUCUGAUAAAAGGAGGGUUGCUGAAGAGCUUUUCUGGCAACCCAAGUCUCUGUGUUCCAAUCUAUGUUUCAACAGACCAAAACUUUCCCAUAUGCUCACAGACUUAUAAUAGGAAGAAAAUAAGUUCUACUUGGUUGAUUGGAAUUCCUGCAAUUAUAAUAAUAGUCGGAGCUCUCUUGUUUCUAAACCAUAAAUUCUGGAGAAUUAGACAUAAGAACACCAUUUCCUCUUCAUUUUCCCCCUUCAAUGCAAGCUUCAAUGGAAUGCGUUUUUAUGAACAAGAGAUGAUUCAAGGCAUGGUUGAUAACAACAGAAUGGGCCAAGAAGCAUCUGGAACGGUGUACAGGAUUGAAUUAAGCAGUGGGCAAACAGUUGCAGUAAAGAGGCUGUGGAGUAAGGGAAUGCAAAAGUCAACUGUAGAAGACAGGUUGCUUUGGGAAAAGGAGUUGAAAACUGAGGCUAAGACCAUGGGAAGUAUAAGUCACAAGAACAUAGUCAAAUUGUACUGUUACUUCUCGAGUUUGGAUUCCAGCAUGUUGGUUUAUGAGUACAUGCCAAAUGGAAACCUCUGGGAUGCCCUGCACGAAUUUCAGGUGCAUCUAGAUUGGCCUACCCGUCAUCAAAUAGCACUUGGAGUUGCACAGUGCUUAGCUUAUCUCCACCAUGAUCUGUCGCCACCUAUUAUUCACAGAAAUAUUAAGUCAUCCAAUAUUCUUCUAGAUGCUAACUACCAGCCCAAGGUCGCCAACUUUGGCAUGCCCAGGGUUAUGCAAGCAAGGGAAAGGGAAGAUUCCACCAUUAAUGCCCUUGCAGGAGCCUAUGAUUAUCUAGCUCCAGAAUAUGCAUAUUCAUCUAAAGCAACGACCAAGUGUGAUGUCUACAGUUUUGGGGUGGUGCUGAUGGAAUUAGUAACAGGGAAAAAGCCACUAGAAGCAGAAUUUGGAGAGAACAAGAAUAUCAUACAUUGGGUUUCAAUGACAAUGGACACCAAUGAGGGAGUUAAUGAAGUAUUGGAUAAACGACUUUUGGGAUCUUUGGUUGAGAUGAUCCAGGUUCUGCGCAUUGCUAUCUGCUGUACCUGCAACAACCCAGCCCUCCGCCCAACAAUGGAAGAGGUGGUCCAAUUGCUGAUAGAGGCAGAUCCAUGCAGAUUCAAUUCUUGCAAGUAGUCUAAUAUAACCGAAAAGAUGUCGAAUCAAGCAGCAACAAUGAAUUAUAAUUGUAAUAGACUAUAGGAGAGUGGUGGGGUUCUUGGUGUAUUAUCACAGCGUGCAUCAAUAUAAAUAUGAAUAAAAUAUAGUCCUAAAAUACAGUGACUUAUCAUGAAGAGCGUUUUUGUC